CAAACUCACAAUGGAAAAGAAAACAUCUCCACCAAGAACAGGUCUCAAGACAUUCCCGUCGGCCAAUGCGCCCGCCGACGAAGUCCGCACCUACAUCACCCAACUCCUCGUGAACAAAUAUAACGUCUCCGUCGACGAUGCAGAGAAACACGCCAGUAAAUGGGAAAUCGGGCAGUUUUCACGGCUCACGCCAGCGUCUCAAGAGACUAUCCAGCGUAUCUUUGGGGACAAUGUCGGUUUGUGUAUUUAUAGUGCGAUUCAGGAGGAUUUAUCCGAGCUCCUGGAUGCAAGACCAUUGGCGAUCAUCAGCAGUUAUGCCGCCAGUGCCUCUGCCUUGGCUCUGGCGUCUGUCGUACUACUGUUGAUUUUACCGGAAUUAGGAUUACAGGCUAAGCAAGAUCGGAUUACGUGGGCUGUAUCCCCAGUCUGGUGGUUCUUGUCUGCUGCUUCUUGGGCUUUUUACGCCAUUAAACACCCAUUGAAUCCGGUCAGGGCCGUACUAUCUUUCAUUGGAGGAUUUGUUGUGGUCUUGGUAGGGAUCAAUAUGUUUUUGUUUCCAUGGGAGGAGAUGAUGCGACAGAUUUAAAUGGCCAAUUCGCCCCAUUAUCAUCUUUGUUACAUAAAUGAAGAUCUUGGCUUCAUUAUUCUGAGGAGGUACCUGGC